AAACAACACUGGACAGCUGAAUGUCUCCCUGUAGGUCUCCUCACGCGCUGUCCUCAUCUCCUCUGUCCUCUGCAGGCCCACGACAGUCCCGUGCGAGCGAUGACCUGGUCUCAUAAUGACAUGUGGAUGCUGACGGCGGACCACGGCGGCUACGUCAAAUACUGGCAGUCCAACAUGAACAACGUCAAGAUGUUCCAGGCACACAAGGAGGCCAUUAGAGAAGCCAGUUUUUCUCCAACAGAUAAUAAAUUUGCCACCUGCUCAGACGACGGCACUGUUCGGAUCUGGGACUUCCUGCGCUGCCACGAGGAGAGAAUCCUCCGAGGUCACGGUGCUGAUGUGAAGUGUGUUGACUGGCAUCCCACCAAAGGUCUGGUGGUGUCCGGCAGUAAAGACAGCCAGCAGCCAAUCAAAUUCUGGGACCCAAAGACGGGACAGAGUCUGGCGACACUCCACGCCCACAAGAACACAGUGAUGGAGGUGAAGUGGAACCUGAAUGGUAAUUGGCUGCUGACGGCGUCACGUGACCACCUGUGUAAACUGUUUGACAUCAGAAACUUGAAGGAGGAGCUGCAGGUGUUCAGAGGACACAAGAAGGAGGCGACAGCUGUGGCGUGGCAUCCCGUCCACGAGGGUCUGUUUGCCAGCGGCGGCUCUGACGGCUCUCUGCUCUUCUGGCACACGGGGGUGGAGAAGGAGGUUGGAGGGAUGGAGAUGGCUCAUGAGGGGAUGAUCUGGAGUCUGGCGUGGCACCCGCUGGGUCACAUUCUGUGCUCGGGCUCCAACGACCACACCAGUAAGUUCUGGACGAGGAAUCGACCGGGGGACAAGAUGAGGGACAGAUACAAUCUGAACCUGCUGCCGGGGAUGUCAGAGGACGGCAUGGAGUACGAUGACGUGGACUUGAACAGCGUGGCCUCCAUCCCUGGUAUGGGCAUCCCUGAGCAGCUGAAGGCAGCCAUGGAGCAGGAGCAGAACAGUAAGGAGGCGGCUCCUGAGGUGGAGAUGUCCAUCCCAGGUCUGGACUGGGGCAUGGACGAGGUCAUGGGGAAAGACACCAAGAAGGUCCCGCAGAAGAAAGUCCCGUACGCCAAACCGAUCCCAGCGCAGUUCCAACAGGCCUGGGCGGAGAAUAAAGUACCCAUGAUGCCUCCUGGUGGAGAUCUGUCCAAAGACCGGAAGGUGGAGCAGAAAGUAGACGGGAAGAAGAAGACUCAGGCGGAAAUCGAACAGGAAAUGGCGGCGUUACAGUACACCAACCCCCUGCUGCUGGAGCAAAUGAAGAUGGACCGGAUGAACAUGAGCACGGACGGGAACAUGGGGCCCCCACAGGGACAGGGCCCUUUGCCCCCCUUCCCUGGCCCUGGAGGUCCAGGGGCCUCGAUGCCUCCUGGUCAACAGGGCUUUCCUCCAAACAUGCCUCCUCAGCAGAUGCCCAACAACAUGGGGCCUCCCAUGGGCCCCGGAGGCAUGCAGCCUUCUUUCAUGCCCCCUGGGCAGAUGGGGCCGCCCUCUGGACCCCAGCCUCACCAGGGGCCCCCUCAGGGCAUGAUGGGACCACCAGACAUGCAGGGACCCCAAGGUAUGCAGAGACACCCCGGCCCGCCCAGAAAUGUGGGCCCCCAAGGACCUCACAGUAUGGGACCCAGAGGGAUGCAGGGGCCCCCUGGUGGGAUGAUGGGGCCCCCUCCACGAGGAAUGGGUCCAAGGGACCCUCAGGGGCCUCCUCCCCAAGGUGGCAUGAUGCCACCUCAGGGGAUGGGCCCGCAGGGUGGGAUGAUGGGGCCCCCACCAAGGACACACGGCAACAUGCCAAACAACUAUGGAAUGGGCAACAUGCAGGGGCCCCCGGGAGGGUUGCAUGGGCCUCCAGGAAAUAUGCAGGGGCCCCCAGGUAACAUGCAAGGACCUCAUGGGAACAUGCAGGGGCCGCCUGGUAGCAUGCAAGGACCCCAUGGAAACAUGCAGGGGCCCCCAGGAAACAUGCAAGGACCUCAUGGGAACAUGCAGGGGCCGCCUGGUAGCAUGCAAGGACCCCAUGGUAACAUGCAGGGCCCCCCAGGAAACAUGCAGGGGCCUUCAUACAUGCAGCACCAGGGUCAGAACUCGGGGCCCAUGAUGCAUGGGAUGGGGCAGCAGGGGCCCAACAACAAAGACCCUCGGGGGCCGCCGCCCAACCACCACAUGGGCCCUCCUGACCGGCAGGGUCCUGGAGGACUGGAUCAGGGCUCAGGUCCUUACUGGGGGGACAACCAGCAGGGUCGACGUGGACAGCAGGACUUUGACGGAGGCCAGGACUUCCACAGCAGAGGAGAGGAGGGCUGGAGGCCAGGACCUGGACCAGGAUACCAGGGAGGAGGAGGAGGAGGAGGAGGAGGAGGAGGAGGAGGAGGAGGACACAGGGGGGGAGGACACCGAGGAGGAGGAGGAGGAGGGAACGGAGGGAACUGGGGCCCUGAUGAGAGGUUCACCGGAGGAGAGUUCAGAGGACGGAGAGACGACAGGUUCAGAGGAGGAGGCCCCGGCCGGCCCGGAGGUCGAGGUUACCCUGAAGAGUAUGGAGGCCAGGAGGAGGGCUUCGAUGGCCCAGAGGAGAUGGGCCGAGGCUGGGACAACGGAGGCAGAGGGAGGCCGCCUCGAGGAGGAGGUCCACCCAGAGGAGGAGGUCACGAUGGUUAUCGGGACGGACAGCAGAUGCAUGAUGGGUCGUCUCCGGCGGGGCGUGAGCGCUCCUCCUCUCUGCAGGGGAUGGACAUGGCGUCUCUGCCCCCGCGGAAGCGUCCGUGGCAGGACGGACCGGGAGCCGGAGACCUCCGAGAGCGAGAGUCCCCCGGAGCUGACGGAGGUCGCCCCCCCCAGAGGGAUGACGGGGGUUACGGUCCGUCUGGUCGAGGGGGACGAGGCGGCUGGGGUCCUGGAGGAGGACCUGGACCAGGACCUGGACCUGGACCGGGUCCGAGGAGAGGAGGACCAGCGCCCAGAGGACCACCGAGGGGGGGCGUCCGGGGCCGGUAGUCCCCUCCUCCAGCCGUCUGGUCCCUGCUGGUCCCCCCACAGACCUGAGACCAAGUCCCGAUCCUGAGACCCCCCCAGACGAACUUUUGGUCAUGUGACACAUUGAGAUCUGUGGCGCUGCGAGGACGGACAGGAAGUGAACGUCUCACCGCGGCUCAGAUCAUUUUAAUGUAAAAUACUGUAGAGAAUCAUCAGCCGUCUCUUUUAUUUCAGAGUCACUUCGUCUUGUUGCUUUUUGUAAAAGAUUUCUAUGUUUUUGUGUUUUCACUGAGGUGGACAAUAAAGAUUCACACUUCAA